AUGGAAACAGACAACAGCACACAAGUGACAGAAUUCAUCCUGCUUGGUCUAACUCAAUCUCAAGAUGUUCAACUCCUUAUCUUUGUGUUAGUCUCAGUUUUCUACCUCACAAUCCUCCCUGGAAAUAUUCUCAUCAUUUUAACCAUUAGAUCAGAUCCUGGACUCACAGCCCCCCUUUAUUUCUUCCUGGGCAAUUUGGCCUUCCUGGAUGCCUCAUACUCUUUCAUUGUGACUCCUAGAAUGCUGAUGGAUUUCCUAUCUGAGAAGAAAAUAAUCUCCUAUAGAAGUUGUAUCACUCAGCUCUUUUUUUUGCACUUUGUUGGAGCAGGGGAGAUGUUCCUUCUUGUUGUAAUGUCCUUUGACCGCUACAUUGCUAUAUGUCGUCCUUUACACUAUUCAACCCUCAUGAACCCUAGAGUCUGCUAUAUAUUGUUGUUGGCUUUGUGGCUUGGAGGCUUUGCUCAUUCCAUUGUACAAGUGGCACUUAUCCUACACUUGCCUUUCUGUGGUCCAAAUGAGCUAGACAAUUUCUUCUGUGAUGUCCCACAGGUCAUCAAGCUGGCUUGCACUAAUACGUUUGUAGUGGAGCUUCUAAUGGUCUUCAAUAGUGGCCUGCUCUCCCUUCUGUGUUUCUUAGGACUUCUGUCUUCCUAUGCCAUCAUCCUCUGCCAUGUAAAAGGACACUCCUCUGAAGGGAAGAACAAAGCUAUCUCUACAUGUAUCACUCAUGUUAUCAUUGUGUUUCUCAUGUUUGGACCUGCAAUUUUUAUCUAUACACGUCCCUUCUGUACUCUCCCCGCUGACAAAGUUGUUUCUUUAUUUCACACAGUCAUCUUUCCUUUGAUGAACCCUGUGAUUUACACUUUUCGCAACCAAGAAGUGAAAGCUUCCAUGAGAAAGACUUUAAGUCAACUUGUAGUUUUGUAA